CAAGAGCAGACGUCUGUCAGCUGUUACAUUUGACAAGUGGGCGUGUGUAGUGAAAAAUGUAAUUUCUGUGAAAUUUAUACCUUUAAAUAGGACAAGAUGAAUAUAAUGCGCAAGUUGCGAGGUGGCGGCAAUACUGCCUCGGCCCAGGAUGAGGCCAACUCUAAUCCCCAACACACUGCUCUCGGACUUAUGCAUCUCAAGAAACUGUUUUCCGAGUACACUCAUCCAUCUCAUCCCCUUACUGAAAAAGAGAAAGAUGACAAGCUGUACAACAUGCUGCCGCUCUUCUGCAAGGUGUUUGGCAACAGUCCGUGUACAGACAUGGCAGACAAGUUCAGAGACAUGUCAGCAUUCUGUCACCAAGUGUCCAAGCUGAUGGUGAGUGAGAUACGCAGGCGAGCCUCCAACCAAUCCACAGAAGCGGCUAGUUGUGCCAUCGCUCACUUCCUCGAGAUAGAAGGCAGUGAGGAGGUCAGCAAUGGCUGGAUGUUAUUGUCAACUCUCAACUUGCUAGCUGCAGCUGGAGACCCGGCCCUCAUCCAGGUCAUGACUUCGGUCUCUUUACCUUCAACACUAGUCAAAUGUCUCUACCUGUUCUUUGACUUGCCUGAGAUGACAGACCCUGAUAACUCCCAAACUGAUAGUGAAUUCACUCCAAGAGAGCGAAGAAUACUUCUACAAAAAAUAUUUGUUCAGGUGUUGGUGCGACUCUGUAGUCAUGCCUCCCCUGCUGAAGAAUUGUCUCGCAAGGAUGAUCUGACCCUUCUCUUCUCAGCCAUCACUAGUGGAUGUCCUCAGUAUAAUGUUCUGUGGCGCAAGUCUGCUGCUGAAGUGCUCAUGACUAUAUCUCGUCACGGUCUUUCAAAGCCUGUCGUUAGUUACAUACACACCAAGGGAUGUGUGGCACUUUGCAUUGACAACAUGCAGAGAGGCCAAGAACUGUCUCCCCUGGAGAUUGUGGAAAUGUUUGUUGCCGUCUUCUGUUUUCUGAAGGACUCGAGUGAGGUCGCACAGACUUUGUUGGAUGACUUUCGCACUUGCCAGGGAUAUGUAUUCCUCUCAGACUUUUUACUCAAGUUGGAGCAGGACAAGUCGUCGGAGGCAGGGGAGGCUAUUCGCAACCUUGUCUUGAUGGUGGCUAGCCUGUGUAUGUGUGGUUACACAGAACUGAGGCCCAGCCCUGCCAGCAACGGCUCUCUAUUCAAGAUGAUGGGAUUCACUCUGCCCCAACCGCAGGGAAGAGGGGCAAGUGUGCGCAAUAUUCAAGCAUUCCAAGUACUGCAGACCGUGUUUAUCAAGUCCAACUGUCCCGUUCUGUGUUGUACAAUUCUGGACGCCAUCUCUAGUGUGUACCAUUCGGACAACGCCAACUACUUCAUACUGGAGAGUCAACACACACUGCCGCAGUUCGCUGAGAAGAUACACCACAAGACACAAGAAAUACAGGAAAAGUUUUUUCAGUUGUUAGAGUUCAUAGUAUUUCACCUCAACUUUGUCCCCUGCAAAGAACUUAUAUCAUUGUCUAUCUUGCUGAAAAGUCAACACUCCAUCAGCUGCAGCAUCGUCUGUAUGCAAACAUUGCUCAACAUAGUCAAGCACAAUUCAAUAUUCAAGGAUGUUUACCGAGAAGUAGGCAUUUUAGAGGUGUUUGUGACAUGUCUACAACGCUACGCCAAUAUUUUGAAACUUAAACAACAAGCUGCUGAAAAUGGAAAUGAGUACAUAAUUAGAACAGAUGACGAGCAUUUGGCCACUCUGGUGAUGAACUGUCUGUCUGUGCUACUCAGUGGCAACCCUGCCAAUGCUACAGUGUUUAGGGAGUGUGGAGGCUCCAAGUGUGUGCACGGUCUGGUCCAGUACAUGGACAGUCGGCACCAGGCACUCGGCAUCAUUCGUGAGCUGAUCCUGGCCUCGGGAGGUGAGGAUGACAUGGCCACACUGCUGGGGAUGAUGCACUCAGCUCCCCCCGCCUCUCUCACUCUCAAGUCUCACAUACUCAAGUCGCUGCUGAUGUGCCUGAAGGAAAGCCACCGCACUCGCACUGUGUUCCGCAAAGUGGGAGGUUUUGUGUACGUCAUGAGUGUGCUGGUGUCUAUGGAAGGGUGUUUGAAGGAGAACCCUGUCCCACCUUGGGACUCUGUCCCACUGUCACAAACUCUCAGUCUGCUGCACACAGUGUUCAACACUAUUACUGUUGCAAUGCGCUUCGAGCCUGCUAACGCCAAGUUUUUUCAUUUGGAGAUUUGCAUGACAAGUCUCUGCGACACAUUACGACUUCUUGGGUGUUUCUCUCUACGAACUGAGAUUGAUGAUAGUGAAGGAUCUUGCACAUCUUCCAAGGAAGAGGAACUUUUCCACGGUAUCUUUACUGGAAAUGUUCUAGAACCAACGAUUCCGGAAAACAUUCCUCUACAACUUGCAUACGCAUGUCUAGUGAUGAGGAUGCUUUACAACAUUGCCCUAGACAGUUAUGACAAACCCAAUCAGAACAUUGUGUCAUUCAAGUCACCCUCUCACAGAAGACAGAAUAUUGAGAGUCAAAGAUCGCUAGAGUCUCCAUCUUCAGGUCGCAGGAUCAACUCUCUGAACCUGACACCGCCAGCUCCAGACCCUGUGGUAGUUCACUCUGGUGUUGUGGUAGCUAUGCUGCAACUUAUACCUUCCAUCCAGGACUUGGAGGAAACACAGCAAUCUUUGACUCUGCAAGUUUACAUGACAGAAGUUGUCAAGUCAUUAGUUCGCAGUGAACGAAACCAACAGGUAAUGUGCGAUACUGGUCAGCCUUGUCAACUGCUAGUGGUCGGUCACAAGGCCCUAGAGCAGGAGACUCACCCUCUACACCCUCCACUACAGUACAUGCUGGAGAGACUUGCUACACAAAGUCUGGAACCUAAGGAUCUUAGAGAGUUCCUGAGGCUAGGUGACCCGCUGUGCUGUUUGCCUAUGGACUCGUUGUUCCUCUGCCACAACCGCAGUGCUGGAGGUCCUGUGCCUCUCACCAGAGUCAAGACACUAGUUUCCAUGACCACACCCAGGUCCCAGGCCCAGGGCAGUGCUCCUCAGCCCCCGUUCGUGGAGCUAGACAUGGGGGCGGAGGGGUUCGGGUGUCUGUAUUUGCCUUCUGUAGCGCCCCAGAGUCCCACCGGCCCCAGUGUGGUCAAUGUGGCGACCCUCACUGCUCCUGACACUAAUGUUGUGGGUGGCAUCGGCUCAGGAGACCGUAUAUUCCCACCACAGACAGGCCUGAGCUACUCCACGUGGAUAUGUGUGGAGAGGUUCAGUGAUCCCCGCAGUGACCCUCACUGUGUGCGUCUGUUGACUCUAGUGCGCAACCUUCACUCAGCCAGGGACGACCAUCUCAUCUGUCUGGCUGUCUUGCUGUCUGCUAGAGACAAGGCUAUCAUUAUCACUACACAAGAGACUCCACUGAGCCAUACCAGUGCAGACUGGGAGCCAGAGGGAACGGGAGACUCCUGUGCCAGGGUCUGGUGUCCUGACUUGCUACAGGAGGGUCAGUGGCAUCACAUUGUGUUAGUCCUCAACAGAGCUGUCCUGAAAAACUCUUCCUUCUCAAUCUAUGUUGACUCUCAACUCAUCACUACCCAGAAGUUGCACUACAUAUCCCAGAACCCUGGUGGUGGAGCUGCCAACCUGACGGUAGCAUCAUCAGUAUAUGGUUACAUCGGCACUCCUCCACAGUGGCGUCGCUACUCUCGUCUCUGUUGGAAGCAAGGUCCAUGCCACUUGCUGGAGGAGGUGCUAAGUCCUCAUAUCAUCAGCGCCAUCUACCAGCGAGGACCUCACUAUCUUGGCAGUCUACAGGCCACUCAGGUUAAUGGGUUGCCAGCACUAGUAGCUGAAGAGAAGGUUGUGUUUGGACUCAAUGCUAAAGCUGUUACUCACCUCACUCUGGCCAAAAUACGCAAAGUUUACAGUCGAGUUGAUAACAAGUCAAUCGCCAAACAGCUGGGGAUGUCUUCUCAUGAGAAUGCCACCCCUAUCCGAGUACUGCACAACUCCGCAGGUCACUUGAGUGGGCCUGCUCGUAGUCUGGGAGGUGUGGUGGUCGGCUACCUCGGUGUCCGAGUCUUUACCCCUAAACCUGUCACAAAGAUGAUAGAAAAUGUUGGCGGCUGCUCAGUGCUGUUAGGUCUGAUUGCCAUGGCCCAAGAUGUGGAGAGUCUGUAUGCUGGAGUGAAGGCUCUUGUGUGUGUUGUGAGAGGCAAUCGCAGUGUACAGCAAGAGAUGGAUCGCCGCAGAGGCUACCAGACUCUAGCCAUGCUACUGCGCAAGAAGCGAUCUCUUCUCAAUUCCCACAUUCUUCACUUGGCCUUCAGUCUUGUGGGAACUGUGGACUCAGGACGGGAGAGCUCCUCCAUUCCUCACCCUGUCAGCUUUCAGGACUUAUUGUGUGACCUUGAGGUUUGGCAUGGAGCUCCUGGAGAGUUGCAGAGAUCUUUGCUGGAACACCUUUAUGAGCUAGUGACAGAGUCUAGUGAGAAGCGGCACAACCUCAACACCAUGCGGGAAAUGCAACUAGUUGGAAGACUGCUGAGAGUGCUGCCUGAAGUGACUAGCCCAGCCACCAGGCAGGUGUUGCUAGCACUUCUUGGUGCUGUUCUGGCUGGGCAACCCUUAGCACAAGACCUUCUUGCUUUUGGGCAGUUCAUCACAGCCACUCUACCCAGCAAUGCGGUGAGUGAGCGAGACAUUGUGCUGCAGGAGUGCUCACCUCGUAGUCGUCAGCCCAGCAUGGAGCUGAGUGAGGUGGAUGUACCUCCCGACACUGCCAACUGGAUACUGCUGCGGAACAGAUGUCUGCAGCUGCUGCAUUCCUUGCUGUUUACACCCAGGAACACAGUAAACACUGCUUUCUGUGAGGAGGUGGUGUGUGUGCUGGGGAUGGAUUGGUCGCUGUUGUUCAUGCAAGGUCAUCUUCACCCCUCCACUGUUGUCUGGGGACUAAGAGUGUUGGUAGUGCUGGCCUCCAUACCCUCCCUUAUGGCCAAAUUCAGAGAAGGCUCCAACAACGGGGGAUGGCUCCAGGACACAGAGCUCGUCUUGCACAACAAACUUGGAGUUGUGUUAGGUUACCAGCUGGGGACAUCUGUACCCAAGGCACAGCCCCAGGUACACAGUGAAGCCCUCUGUGUUCCCGGGUUUCAACACCUGGCCUACCUACUCACUCAGCACAUUGACAUUGCUCAGGUCUACUUCCUGCUGAUGGCUCUGAUGAUGGGUCAGCCUGUCAAACUGUUGCCAGCUGAUCCUAAGCUGGACCUGGACAAUGUGUGGAACUUCAUGUUUGGUAUCCCUGCUAGUCAGUCCGUGACAGCCCUCAGUGGCAGAGUGACUCUGUGUCCCCAGGCUGUCACGGUGUUGCUAGCCAUGGUCCACACCAUGCUUAGUCAGGACUACAAAAGUCCUGAGAGUCUACCAGAGUGGCUAAGAGACUACCCUGUGACCAUCAUACAGUUCCUGUUCUUCCUCUACCACAACAUGGCUGAGCUGAUGCCUGUGCUGAUGAGUGCUGAGGUGCUGAAUGCUCUGGCUCAGACAUUGUUCCCUCCACCUCGCAGCCAAGUGUCUACCCCAGCUGAUGAUGUGAGCUUAUCAACUUUCUCGUUGGAUGGAGCAAUUGUACGUUCACCAUCCAAGGACAGUAUGCUAAACAAUCACCCAGCCCGCAGAUUUGUAAUGGACUUCCUCAGGGUUAUAGUUGUGGAUUCCUUAUCUUUGCCUGUCAACGCUAAAGUCACCCCUGCUAUUGACUUGGUCUUGGAGGCAGCACCAGAAGGGUCCACAGUAAGUCAACAAGCCAGGUUCCAGACUGAAGUUCUAUCCACACUGAUGGAACAUCUGUUGGCAGCCGACGUUCUGAUAGGAGAACAGGCAGCACUGCCAGUGGUGGCUGGUGGAAACGCUGCUAACAUAACACCCAACGUUUGCUACCUCACUGCCAGGAUUGUAGACAAACUGUGGCAAGGGAUGCUGCUCAAGGACCCACAUGAAGUGCUAGACUUUACUCUGAAGCUCAUAGCUCAAGCCAAGCGCCGCCCCGCCUCUGUACCUCUGGAAGGACUCUACCAUUGUCUCAACCGCACCAUACUGUUCCUACUAUCAAGAGGUACCGACUCCAUUGCUGAUCAGAUGCCUGUGUUGGAGACUCUACACAAACUGACUAACCACAGGGGCCUUGUGUUUGGAGCAGGAAACCACGAAUUGGACUUUAUUGGAUGCCUUACAUACUGCCUCUUACAGUUAACUAGUGAUCAAAAAAUUAUGUUAGACUCCAAUGCCAAGACAACGUGGCACGUGAACCCCAACGAGGACACUGAGGAGCUGACAGCCAAGCAAGGACACAACCUGAUGGCUGUGGCUGCUAAACGAGUCUGGGAAGAGCUCUAUGUCUCUAAGAAACCUGCCAUUGAGGAGGUGUUCAAGAUGACACUGUCCAACAGCAAGGCCCCAGAGCUGAGUCUAGUGAGGGAGCAUAUACAGGAGGCUGCCACCAAAUUGUGGCUCAACUAUGUGGAGUCAGAACGCAAGGCUAGUUACAGGAACCCCUGGGAACUGCACAACCAGAUACAAUCUAAAAUACAGAAGGUGACUGGUGGACUUACUCGACUGGCGAGCAGAACCAAGGUGAAGAAAGAAGAGACUAUUAAGAUUCGUCCGCUACUGACAGGACCAGAGAUUGAAGUGUGUACCCUGAUACAUGUGUCACUGGUCAAGGAGUUGGUAGAACUGCAGAACAAGACUUACAUACAGAGUCAACAACACAUGCAGAGAUACAUCCUGGAGGAAUGGCUGCAGACUGAGACUGAGCUGACCAGAGAGAGAGGGCUGUGGGGGCCAGAGACACCUAGCAGGCUUGAUAAGUGGAUGCUGGACAUGACCGAAGGACCUAGCAGGAUGCGAAAGAAAAUGAAAAAGAAUGACUUGUUCUACCUUCACUACCCUUACAGACCUGAGCUGGACUCUGGGGACAAUAAGUCACUCAAGUACAAGGUGGCCUCCAGCUGGGACAGCAAGGAGUGGUAUCACAAGUAUCGUCCGACCAGUCUGCUGGACCGCGAGUUUGUCCCGGACCCCACCCCAGACUCUGCCUCCUCCCACUCCCAGGUGCAUGACCCGGACCAUGACGACAACGCAGCAGUGGCAGUGGGUAUCCAAGACAUGAGCAGUGCGCUGCGACGGGCAGUGAAGAGAUCAGUGUCAGAACCUGAGGACGCUGGAGAUGAGACGGAGGGUGAAAGUGGAGCCAACGAGGAAGAAUCUGCUCCCGACAACCAGUCUAUAUUGCGCAGGCUGGAGGAGAAUGAGAAGAUCAGCCACAUGUUCCGGUGUGCACGUAUCCAAGGGCUGGACACAGUGGAGGGUCUGCUGUUGUUUGGCAAGGAACAUCUCUAUGUGGUGGAUGGCUUUACAUUACUCAAGAAUCAGAUACGAGACAUAGAGUCGCUGCCUCUCGAGUGUCACGACCCCAUCCUGCCUUCGUCUGGAGCUCCUCGACAAAGCGCCACUAAAAAACAGUGCUCCAAAUUUGCUUACGAUGAUAUCAGAGAAGUACACAAAAGAAGAUACUUACUUCAGCCAAUGGCCCUGGAAGUUUUUUCAGGAGAUGGCAGAAAUUAUCUUUUGGCUUUUCCUCGCAAAGUUCGCAACAAGGUGUAUCAAAGGUUCAUGGCGUUUGCCACUGGUAUAGCGGACAGUGCCCAGCAGUCAGUCGCAGGCCAGAAGCGCACAGCCAAUGUGGAGCAAGGCGCUGGUCUACUUUCCAACCUCAUCGGUGACACCUCCGUUACACAGCGCUGGGUGAGAGGAGAGAUAUCCAACUUCCAGUACCUGAUGCACCUGAACACUCUGGCUGGUCGCAGUUACAAUGAUCUGAUGCAGUAUCCAGUGUUUCCGUGGAUCCUGGCAGACUAUGACUCUGACCAGCUAGACCUCUCCCACCCUUCCACCUUCCGAGACUUCUCUAAACCUAUGGGUGCUCAGAGCCCUGACCGACUCGAGCAAUUUAAGAAAAGAUACAAAGAGUGGGAUGAUCCACAUGGAGAGACACCCCCGUACCAUUAUGGCACUCACUACUCCUCUGCGAUGAUUGUUUGCUCCUACCUUGUUCGCAUGGAGCCAUUCACCCAACACUUUCUUAGGCUUCAGGGAGGCCACUUCGACUUGGCAGAUCGCAUGUUCAACAGUGUGAGAGAGGCGUGGUUAUCUGCAUCAAGACAUAACAUGGCUGACGUCAAAGAACUUAUCCCAGAAUUCUUUUACUUACCAGAGUUCCUUGUCAAUGCAAAUAACUUUGAUUUAGGUUGUAAGCAGAAUGGAGUGCAGCUAGGAGACGUGGUGUUGCCUCCUUGGGCCAAGGAGGACCCGAGGGAGUUUAUUCGAGGUCACCGAGCAGCCCUGGAGUGUGACUACGUCAGUCAACACCUACAUGAAUGGAUUGACCUCAUCUUUGGAUACAAACAGCAGGGCCAGCCCGCAGUGGACAGUGUCAACCUAUUCCACCAUCUCUUCUACGAGGGCAAUGUUGAUAUUUACAGCAUUGAUGAUCCACUCAAGAAAAAUGCCACCAUUGGGUUUAUCAACAACUUUGGUCAGAUUCCCAAACAGCUGUUCAAGAAGCCUCACCCAGCCAAGCGGUUAGGUCAGCGCAGCUCCAUGUUGGACAUGCACGCCACUCCUCUGGCCUCCCCUCUCCCCCCUGCUGAGAGACUGUUCUAUCACAACCUGGACAACCUCAGACCCUCCCUGCAGCCCAUCAAAGAACUGAAAGGCCCAGUAGGACAGAUCCUACAGUAUGAGAAGACAGUGCAGGCAGUAGAGCAGAACAAGGUACUGGUGCCUCCGACGUACUCCCGCUACGUGGCCUGGGGGUUUGCUGACCACAGUCUGCGCAUCGGCAGCUACGACAGUGACAAGGCCGCCAUGGUGUGUGAGGAGGUAAUGCAGGGCAGCGGCGAAGUGGUGGCUUGUGUCUGUCCUAGUAGCAAGAUCAUUGUAACUGCAGGAACUAGCUCGGUUGUUACAAUGUGGGAGUAUUCUCACAAACAGCUACAGGUGCUGCAGUAUCUGUAUGGCCACAACGACGCAGUUACAUGUCUCACCUGCAGCCCUGCCUACAAUGUCAUAGUCUCAGGUUCUCGAGACGCUACUGCUAUCGUCUGGGAUCUGUCUCGUAGGAUAUUUGUAAGGCAGCUACGCAAUCAUGCCGCCCCCAUAGCUGCAGUUGCAGUCAAUGAUCUCACUGGAGACAUUGCAACAUGUGCCGGCACUUGGCUGCAUCUGUGGAGCAUCAACGGAGACGAACUGUCCUGUGUCAACACUUGUGUGGGCCGAGCUGACAGAAUGCAGCAGAUACUGUGUGUGGCGUUCUCCCAGUGUAGAGAGUGGGACAGUCAGAACGUAGUGAUGACAGGCUCUACUGACGGUGUAGUCAGGAUGUGGUCAGUGGAGUAUGUACAAGUACCUAAGGAGGAGAGUAGUUCACCACUUCAGGAAGAGGAAAAAGACAGAGAGAAGGAGAGAAGAGAAGUAACUGAAGGAGAAGAAGAAGGGCCCAAGCAGAGAGUGCACAAACAGAUGGUCAAACAGAUGAGCAUAUCUGCAGAGUUCACUGCCACAGAGGAAGGAAAGUUAGUUGCCAAAAGUGGUUCAGAAAGUAGUUUAUCAGAAGAUGGAAAUGAAAACAAGAAGAAAAAAGAAAAGCGUAAAAAGAGUAAAAAGGAGCCCGAUGUCCAAUCUGAAGAGAAAGAGCUAUGUAGUGAUGAAGACAAGGAGCUUACUACUGUACCUGUGGUGAGGAGGCGUAGAUCUUCUACUCGCACAAACCCUCAGUUCCGCAAGUCGGAGUGUGCCCCUGCGCGGCCGCUGGGGCUGGUGGAGAGGGAGAGCAAGGAUGAGGCUGGUGGUCUCAGACCCAGCAAGUCAGACACCAGCCUUACAGACAGCUUUGUCGUGGUCACAGCUGACGGGGAAGCUAAGGAUGAGGAGCCAGCCCCUGUACCUCCUCUAAGACGCAACCGCAUCAACAACCACCACACUCUGCGACAAGGGUUUGUGUGGCAGAGACAAUUAGUGUUCCGCAGUAAACUGACGAUGCACACUGCCUACGACCGCAAAGACAAUGCUGAGCCAGCCUCCAUAACUGCCCUAGCUGUUUCCAGGGACCAUCGCACUGUGUAUGUUGGUGACACGAGAGGUCGAGUGUUCUCUUGGAGUGUGACUGACCAGCCAGGUCGCGGGGUCGCUGACCAUUGGCUCAAGGACGAGGGUGCUGAGGGCUGCGCUAGCUGUAAUGUUCGCUUCUCCAUCUACGAGCGACGCCACCAUUGUCGAAACUGUGGCAAUGUCUUUUGUUCCAAGUGCAGCAGGUUUGAGUCAGAGAUAUCUCGGCUGAGAAUACUGAAGCCUGUGAGAGUGUGUCAGGGCUGUCACGCCUCUCUACGCAAGGACUCCUAAACUCACCUGAUUUCAUCCCAAAGACUCGUUGUGUGUUGUGACUUUUAGCUGCAGUAUUUAAUAUUUAGUUAGUCUACAGCUUUGUGUAUGUACUUUUAGAGUUGACAAUAACAUUAUGUUAUUGAGACUUGCCUGCAUAUCCACUAACCGGUAUAGCACCACAUCUGAGAAACGUGUAAUUCAGGAAUGUGGUUUGUUACACGCUGUGCAUCUUCUAUUCCGUACAUGAUUAACAUGCAAGUGGUUUGUUGUGGAUAAAACUCCUCCCACAGUUUUUAACUGGUUUUAAAAAUGUUGGGAGUAGUUAGAUAGAGUUCAAUGUAAGGUUUUUUUGUUUUUUGCCAACUUUUUAAGUGUGGCUAAAGGAAAUAUCAGUAACUCCUUUAAAGUUGAAGUAAGUUAUAAUUGAGUUGGAAUUAGUUGAUUACAGUAAAGACAUUCAAAGUAUUUGGCUUAUCAGCUGCAUGUCACAAUGGGGAGAUAUUGUUAUUCAGGCUUGUUGCUCUUGUUCUAGGAUCAUUAUUCUUGAUUAGAAUAAUAAUCGUUUCCUGGACCCAACUGUCCCAGACCAUUUGGCUUCAAAUAAAUGCUCCUGAAAAGUAGAAGCAGCUGAUUUUAGUCAGUAACAAAGCUACACAGAUCACCUCAAUAUAUUCUAGACUCACCCUGCGCUCUUUUUCAAACACGCUCAAAUGGAAUUCAAACUAGGAACAUUCUAUUCACUAUUUCCAGUCAAUUGUGAAUGUCUAAUUAAGUAGCCUCAUUAAAAUAUGUGUAGCUUACUUAAUACAACAAAAUUUCAACAUUUAGAGUUUAUUUUUUUUUAUUUUUAGAAAAAUCAUAUUUUCCUAACCAUGUGCCUGUCUAUAACAUGUUUCACAACAUCUUGUCGUUUUUUGUAAGAUCAAACAUUGAUUUGACCAAAUAAAUCUAUUAUCACAUUAUAGGAUGGUUAUUGCUGUCAUAUUUAUACUUGUAGAUUACUCAAAGGUGGUUAUGUAGGCAAGGCUAACUCGUAUGUUGCAUUGCUUAGUGCAUUAUUAUAAUUAAUUAUCAAAUGUUACCAUUUGUUUUGUGAUUUUUUUUUAAAUCUGGAAUUGUAGUAUUAAAGAAGCAAAAAAUUUGUAUUUUAAUGGCAUUUGUUCAAAUGGAGUGUAAAGUUUGUUUUGUUUGUUGUUUUUAUAUUUUUUACUUGUAUUUGAUCAUUUUAUACAAUAUUUGUACAGUUUCAAUUUUAUAUAUUUUUUUUAUAUAUCAAAUUAUUGUUUGUAGUAAGUUUGUAAUUAUGUUAGUACAUGUGUUCUCAUAAUAAGCUUGUGCUAUAUUUCAGUUACAGUCUAACCUCGGUAUAACAAAUCUUAAGGGGCCAGACUAAAUAUUUGUUACAUCAAUGAUUUCAUUAAAACAAAACUGGUUAUAUAGAGGUUAGGCUUGAAGUCGAGGUUCACAAACAGCAUUGGUCAACGUAGGUCAAGGUUUGAAGUCAUCAAAACACAAUUAAAGUAGCAUAGGCUACUAUAUUGUAAAGUAGAACCUCGAUUAUCCAAGAGAAUAGCGGGGAGUGAGACCAUGGUUAAUAAAAACCACAGUACAAUAAAAAAUCUUUUGCCGCACCCUGUAGUAUAGCGCACAGCAGACAAUGUGUAAAACGGAGCAGACGAUUGUCAGCGCAAGUGUUUUGAAGUCAGCUUUCUGCUUAAUUUUCAUCAAAGGA